AUGUCAUCGAUGAUGUUGCGACGAUCACUCACGACGACGGUCACGACCUGGACGACCUUACGAUGCCUGUCUACCACGUCCACCCAACUCUCGCACGAGAACCCGCUCGGCAUUCCCCGCCGAAACCCAAACCCAGCCCCGACGAUGCCCCGCCGAGGAGGUCCCCCCGUAAAACGCAAGAUCCCGGGGGUGAAACACGUCGUGGUCGUCUCUAGCGGGAAAGGAGGCGUGGGGAAGAGCACGAUCGCUGCGAACCUCGCUGUGGCUUUGGCUCAAGGUCAAGGGAAGGGUGUUGCUGGUGGCAGAGUAGGACUACUGGACCUAGAUAUAUUCGGCCCGUCCGUUCCUAAACUCAUGGGGCUCGAAGGUGUCGGGGAACCGUUAUUGAGCGAAGGAGCCAACAAGUUGAUCCCGAUGGACAAUCAUGGGGUCAAGACGAUGUCCAUGGGGUACCUAUUACCACCUAGCGCAAACAACGACUCUCCCGUCGUCUGGCGAGGUCUCAUGGUCAUGAAGGCCGUCCAGCAGUUGCUAUUCGAUGUCGACUGGACGUCAUCAGCUGGGGAUCUCGAGGUUCUGGUCAUCGACAUGCCACCAGGGACGGGUGAUGUGCAGUUGAGUCUCGGUCAGCUGGUCGUAGUGGACGGAGCUGUGAUCGUUUCGACACCGCAGGAUGUUGCGUUGAUCGAUGCAAGAAAGGGUGUCAACAUGUUUAGGAAAAUACAUAUUCCCAUCUUUGGAAGCAUCCUGAACCAGUCUCACUUUACCUGCUCGUGUUGCUCGACACGGCAUCAAUUGUUCGGAUCGCCCGAUGCGUUCAAAUCGGUAGCCGACGACCUCUCGCUCGACGUGCUAGGCGAAAUUCCCGUCGUCCCCGUCAUCAGCUCGGGCGGGGAUAGCGGAGUACCCGUCAUGGUGCAGGACAGCAAGGAAGGAGAAGAGACGAGACAGGCCAUGCGAGGGGUAGCAAGAGCCAUGUGGAAGAACCUGGGACGGAGUAUAUGA